AUGGCUUUAGUUUCCUUACUCGGCAGCCAGGUUCAGGGUAAAGAAGGGACGGUAGAUGUUGCAUCGCUGUCUGACAAUGAUGUAGUUGGCAUCUAUUUCUCCGCUCACUGGUGCCCGCCAUGCCGCCAGUUCACCCCCGUCUUGGCCGACUACUACAAGAAACUCCGGGCAGACGGCAGAAAGUUCGAGAUUGUCUUCGUCAGCUCAGACAAAUCAGAAGAUGAAUGCGCAGAGUACUACGCUGGCAUGCCCUGGUUGAUUCUUCCUUUCAGCGACCGACAGAGGAAGGAGCAGAUAGCACAGAAGUAUGGGGUGCGUUCAAUCCCCACUCUGGUUCUGGUCGACCCCAAGAAUGGGGAAACUAUUUCACAGGAUGGGAGGAAAAUCGUCAACACAGAUGUCAGCGGGGAAAACUUCCCCUGGAAGUCAUAA